UGGAUUGUAGACAUUACCAACUGGCGGAACCCUAAAACCUAGAGGCCUAAAUCGGAGGGUUUUACGCCAAACUCGGAAAAUCCGAUGAGCAGAGAGAUUCUGUGCAAAGAAAGCUUGAAUUGAUGGAGGGAUUGAAGGUAUCGGAUGCGGAUUUGACGGUGUACGUGCACCCAUCGAAGGCCAACAAGGUCUCUCAAGCCAUCCUCCGCGAACUCAGCUCUUUGCUCUUCAAGUUUAAUGAAACUUUUGAUGGUGUUGUAUUGGCUUAUGAUGUUAAUGUUCAAAGUAAAAAGGCGAAGAUUCUCCCCGGCGUUCAUCCUUACUUUGGCGUGAAACUAACAGCAAAAUUGUUACUUUUCCAUCCAAAGCCAGAUAUGCUUUUAGACGGGAAGGUAGUUAAACUUGGCCAGCAAUCGAUUCAUGUAAUUGUUCUUGGUUUUUCUGCUGCUGUCAUAACGGAGGAAGACAUUCGUGAAGAAUUCAAAUAUAAAGUUAAACAUGGUCAAGAAGUAUUUGUUAGUGCAUCUCACAAGCGGCAUAAGAUAAAAGUUGGAACCAUUUUACGUUUCUUAGUCAAGAGCUUCAACGAAGAGAUACUCCAUAUAUCUGGAUCUUUGCUCCCAGCUCACACAGGAAGUGUCAAAUGGUUGACUAAGAAUAUGGAUGAAUGGUCUCAUUCUGUCAGGACUUCCAAUAAGCGGAAAAUAAGUGAGGGCAGACAGGAAAUGCAGAAGCAUGAGAAACCAAUGGUUGAUGUGGCAACGUUUUUGAAUACUGAUCAUAAGCAUAAGAAGUCAAAAAGACAGAAGUGAAGAUUCUUGAAGACUGAUUUGGAGUACGGAUGUUGUAAUGCCUUGGCGCAGUUGUCAAAUACAUAUUUUUGUAGCUUUAUGGAUGGAAUUUAUACCCAAUUUUGAUUAGCAGGUCUUAGGCUUUUUGUUUCCGUGGGGCAAAUUAGAUGGAAAAUCUUUUUGUUUGUUCAGUAAUCAGUUAAAAAAAGCAGCUGGAGAAAAUAUGUAUUUCUAUUUUUCAUUUUUGUAAUCCUAUUCUCCCGACUGUUGGAAUUUAGCUGUAGUAGUUGAUACUUUUUCCUUGCAAAGAUAAAGGUUUCAGGUGGAAUUGAAAAAUCCUAUGUUCAUUGGCAAA